GUUAGGGUUUUGGUGUCUAGUGAAAUGGGUAAUGGCUGUGUAGAAAAUAAAAAUGCUGUCACUACAGUAAACCCCUGGUUAUUCUCCAGUAUCCACCUGAUAGUGGUCAUUCAGUGACUGAAACAUUUUGUAGAACUGACUACAUCUGUACAAUUAAAGUCUGUAUGAUUGUAUACAGUUAUAUAGUGAUCAUUUGUCUCCUAUCCAGAUUAAACCUUGAACAGUUUCAACCUGUGUGUGUCACAUCAAGGAGAAUAAAAUAGGCUGGGCAUGUAGCACUGUGAGAUGGAUGAAUGCAUUGAAAUAUAGUAAAGGAAAGACAUCACUUGGGAGACCUAUACAAGGAACAUAAAAUUGAAAAAGAAGGUUUGAGGUUGUGCUCCUGUUUCAGGUGGUUCAUGACAAGGUCCAGCUGCAAAAUCUUAUGAGUACUGUAAUGCAUACAGAGGUUAGAGAUGUUGAAGUCGUUUCAUGGCCAGAUGAUAAAGACUGUCAACUUUUCAAGGACUUUGCUCCAUCAAGUCACUUCAUUUUAAUCCAAGGAAUGGAAUGUUUGCCAAAUGUAUAAGCAGAUUAAUACGAAUAGUGGUACAGUGUGUACAUUGCAGUUACUUCAGCCAGACUAAGAGACUGCUGGAGGAGGACGAGACACUUUACUGCAUCUCCGCCUGGAAUGACCAGGGUUAUGAGCACACCAGCAGUGAUUCAAGCUUGUUAUACAGAGUGGAAACCAUGCCAGGGCUCGGAUGGACCCUUAAGAGCUCUCUAUAAAGAUGAGCUGGAAUCCAAAUGGCCAACACCUGAGAAGCAUAAACAGGAACAAUUAUGAAGAAUUAAUUGUAGAUGUGAUCAAGAGAGGUCUUGUUUUGGAUCAUGGAAAAUCACUAUUUGAGGAGAACUUCAUACCAGACAAAAAGUGCCUCAAGAUCUGGCACCUUGAUAUUCGAGGUCAUCACAAGAGUAUGUGGAGACUGCAUAUGAAGGGCAGUGAAAUGCUUGUCAUUGGAGUGCCGUACUCGUAGUAUUCAUAAGUAAGACUUCUAGAAACACAAAUAUGAAUACUGUAAUGCUAAUACAAGUCUCAGUGAAAUGAUCAAUCCUUUCGAGGGUCCAUCAUUAUCAUAUCCUACUGUAGAUUGUUAUUUAUCAUCAGAAGUUAACUAGGUUCUUCUUUCAACACACAGUUGGAACCUGAAUCAUGUUAUUGGAGAUCCCAUUUUCUUCAUAAGGUUGCCUACCCAAGGUAUGAUGUAUGGUCAGAGAUGAUCUGUUUUUUGGGGCAGUUCAUGAUGACAGGCAGCAGGUUCUUCUGUCAUGUUGCUAUGUAACAAGCUACAGACCAUCAGACACCAGAAGACUGCAGUAUUCACUAUCCCAUGCAUCUCAGAUUGCAUAGUUUGAUAUAAGUUGGUUCCAAAAUUAUACCUUGUUUUUAGGUUUGCAGUUAAUUCAGGGUGGUCCAGGAUGGUUCCCUGUUGCUGUUUGGAUGAUGGGGCACUGCCCUAACACUUCUAUUAUGGACAGUGUUGUCAAACUUCAAUACUUGUUAUUAAAAUCUAUGCUUCUUUCAUUCAUUCUUCACAGAUUGCAAUUUUGCUUCAAUAAUACAGUUCUGUAUUCAUGAAAAUUCUUGAAAGGAUCAUUUCAAAAGUGUUUUUAUUUAAGGUUUUACAGACUAUAAAUGUAAAAACCCUUUACAUUAUUUCAUUUUUGAUCUCUAUGCCUGAAAUAAAAUUCUCAGCCUCUUUAAAAGACACAGUUUUCAUGAUCAGUGUUUUAAAGGUUUCUGCAAUUAAAAGAGCAAAGUUAGCAUUAUGUUAAUGACGAGAACUGCCUCGACUCAAGAUUCCUGCCCAUUUAUUUCAAUUUGGAGCUGUGUGCCAGAGUGCUGCAGCUUUUUACUUUUAGGACUACAUCCAUACCUGUUUCUGACUCUGAUAUUUUACGUUCAGGCAUUGUAACAAUGAGGUUAUGAACAAGCAUGACAGUUUAUUUCAGAAAAUUCAAACCUUAAAAUAUCACUCCAGUUUAUUUGGAACCUCAUCAAGAGAAGACUAAUGUCAGAUAGGAGAAGGUAACAGCAUUUAGAAGAUUCUUUGAUCCCACAAAGCCGUGAAGAUGAGAUAUCUGUGACACAGAGAUCUUAAUUUGAAGAUAGGACAUUAUUUUACUGCUUUACCAUCUUGCCUGUGACAACUCAUUAUGAGAAACUGUAAAGAACUGUUCUUGUUAUGCCAAAACUGUGUGCUGAUUUCUGCUCUCUGUGAUGUGUGACAAUAAAUGGGGUGUGUACAUUGUGAAUGUGUACCAGAAUGAAAAUAUUAUUGUAGAUCCAUAGAAAGAAGUAGGUAUACCAUCUGAGUUGG